AUCAGACGCGACAAUCUGAACUGCAGUUCUGAACUGCACGGCGCGUCGAACGAACUUGCGCUGAAGUUUCGCAACUGCAUGUCCUUUGGCCUACAAAUUUUGUUUUUCGAGACCUCGGGUUUGCACUUGACUCUACUCACCGAAGACCGGUAGCCAUAGUAUCAGUGCACAAAGUCGGCCACCACUGAUCACUUGAGGAUCUCAUCACGACAUCACGGACGAGUGGCCAUGACCUCGAAUAAGCUCGUUCAUUGGGCUCUUGAAGCUUCGCUUUCCGACUUUGGUUCCCCCUUUACUGAAGGCGACUCUUCGGAUUCUAUAACUUCAUCAUCCAGUUUGCAAUAUGUGAAUUCUCAACUGCUAGCACAUGGGUUCACCCACGGCACUGGACUAUCAUUAGAUGGAUUAGGAAAGGAGGACACGGAAAAGGUCGUAAAAUGUUUACUCGGUAUGUUGAGUCAAAGGAUUGAUGAUAUGUCACGAACUGAGGAGCUUACGACAAAGCUCCGGACGUUGUCUUAUGAACAUGAGCGCCUUGCAUCUCUGUUGAAGACGGCGAAUGACAGGGCAGCCAAUGCGGAACGCGAAAUGAAUCUCCACAAGUCGCGAUUGGCAUCGGCAAAUCAAACCUUGCAAACGACAGAGACUGCUCAUAAACGUACAACUGCAGAACUACAACGGACUCGGUCCUCUCUCCAAGCUCUCCGUACGACACAUCAAGCUGAGAUUAAGAAAAUGGAAAAGGAGAAGGACCGGAUGAUGGAGAAGUGGAAUAAACUUGCUGACAAUCAACUCAAAGCUGGUUCUGUCGCGUGCGGCAUCAAAUUUGCCAAUUCGCAGGUCGUCGAGGCCUCAGACGUGCAAUUGCGCGCUAAAGGCCAGGGUUUCCUUGAAGUUUCGCUUGAGCAAGCUGAACAGUCGCGAAGUCAAUUGGCCGAUGAAGUCAGGUCACUGCGCGGCAUAGUCAUUUCUACAGCUAAUGAACUGCAAAGGAUAUUGCACAUCGCUCGAAACCUUUCAUCAUCUGAGGUCCAGGAGGAGCCUCCAACACUAACACUGACUGCACUUUUCCCGCUUUCGCCAGCAAAUACCGCUAGCGAAAAGCUCUCCUCGCUUCUAAGCUCAACUAAGGACCUCAUCGAUCGAUUAGCUCGUUCACAUGCGACAUUGAUGCAAUCUACCUCAGCUCAACCUCAGCCUGCGUCUUCAAAUAAGCCGAAAGAGCAAUCGGACCAGAAGGAACUGGAUCGGCUCAAUGCCAUUAUCGACACAUUGCGAAAGGAGCUGAACGAGGCUCAAAAAGAGUCUUCGACUUACGCAUCUCAGGCACAAGCACUCUUCGACCGCUUCUCCCAGGAUCCACGAUUACUACAUGGUCAUGAUAACCCCGCAGACAUAAGUGUCGACUUAAUGAUUGCUCCGAGAAGGGAUGAAGAGCAAGACCGAUUGGACAAGAGAAAUCAAGACCUCGACGAAGAACGACGUAAAUUUACCGAAGCUGCAGUGCGACUAGGUAAGGAGAAAGCCGCACUUGAGGCGGAACGGCUAAAGUUCCUAGAGGAAAAGCGAUCAUGGCAAGUGGAAAUGAUGCUGGCAGACCUUCCGCCAACGCCGGGUCCUUCUUCAGUAUAUACGGCACCUGUAGAAUAUCAGCACGUCCCUACACCUGAAAUCCAGCUACCUGUUAUGCAGGUGCCUAGGUCACCUCGUCGCUCGCCACGCAAAGCGAAAGCGGGAAGUUCCAAGAAGACUCGCAUUUCGAGACGCUCGUCAGGCGUUGGCUCCCUCUCACCACGGAAGUCGAAAGUCGUUCCAGCGUUCGAGACAGAAGUUAUAUCUAAACCGGUUGUACCCCAGUUCAGCAUCAGUCUGGCUACGUCGCAAGGCCCCACGGCCAUCGCAUCACCCUUCGUCCUUCCCCCGCCUUCACCAGCAGCUUCCAUCAAGCAAGCAGAUGCAUUGCUGUCGUCGGCAUUACCACCAUUACCGAAACUCGAUAUACCCCCAAACCCGACGAACAUACCCUACUCACAAUCGGAUACCGCCUUACAGGCUCCAGAACCCGUUGCCUCGUCUUCCACAAUCCCUGCAUCAUCAUCAGAACCUUCGUUCCCGGUCAGCCAACUCUUAACUACACCUCGACCAUUCCCCCUGGCGAAACCAUUUGCUCAGCGUAUGAUUCACGCUUACUCUCCUGUCAAACCUAGUCCACUCAGUCGCAUUCUCAUGAUGGCGAGUUCUCCGGAUAGUCCAGAGUCAUCAACUGACCCUGCGUUGCAAGCUGUUUCCGAAGAAAACGAAAGUUUACCAGAUGUUUCUCCUACGCCUGUUAUUGGUCUUGGACCACCGCCUCAGAAGAGAAAAGCUCCCAUGCCAAGUCUCGCUGCCGAACUUGGGCUGGAGGAUAGCGAUGAGGACAAUCCUCUUUUAGACAAACCGACCGAGAAGACCAAGUCUAAGGAUAAGAAGAUCGCUAUUGGUCAUACCCGGCUCACGGCGAAAGACAAGGGUAAAGCUCGCGCGGAUCACAUUGGCUCACGAGCGCGAGGUGUGGCGGUUGAGAACAAGAUCAAGCGCAUGAAGAUGUCUUCGGGCACUUCCUCAAGUGGUGCUCCUUCAACGUCAAGAGUUGCAUCUGGAGGUAUCGUGAAGAAGACAACUAAAUCAGUGACGAGAGGUUCAGUAGCAGUAAAUACUACUGCUCCUACUGUUCCUCCCCAGGCAAAAUUCGUGGGGAAGGCGAAGAGCGGUCCGAGGAGAGUUCCGAUUAACAGCGCUGAGGCUGCGCCUGUUCCUAAAAGUUGGAAGGGUUGAGCUCGAGAGUCACCAUGUAUGUAUGAUACUGUUUAUGACGGUUCCAUUCAUUAUAUCAGCAUUAGCUGUACACACGCUAUUCAGUACAUCGCAAGGCUUCGAGCUUUAGCGAAUAAGGUUUUGAGGUCCAUGUUCUUGUGGUCUAAUUUGAGUUCCUUCAUGACUCUCUGGUCAGGGGGUAAUACAUGUCAAUGACGAAGAAUUAAAGUAAUUGAACGCUGAGCUUUGAGAGG